AUGAAAGUCACCACCACUACCCUGAUCAUCCUCCUCUUUCGUAUAUUCUUACUAUUUCCUGCUCAAUCAUUUGGUGAGGGCUUCAAUGAAGAAGAAGUAGAAAAACUCCAACGACCACAAUUUCCAAAUGGAUUUUUCUUCGGAGCAGCAACUUCUUCGUAUCAAAUUGAAGGAGCCUAUCUUGAAGCUGGUAAAAGUCUCAGCAAUUGGGAUGUUUUCACUCGUAUCCAAGGUAGAAUAACAAGUGGGGAAAAUGGAGAUGUAGCUGAUGAUCAUUACCAUCGUUACUUGGAAGACGUUGAGAUUAUGGAUUCUUUGGGGAUAAAUGCGUACCGAUUCUCAAUUUCUUGGGCCAGAGUUCUACCCAGAAUUGAGCCAUUUGUGACCAUUCGCCAUCAUGACCAUCCACAAGAACUUGAGGACAGAUAUGGCGGUUGGCUCAGUCCUCUAAUGCAGGAAGAUUUUGUGCAUUUGGCAGAAAUUUGUUUUAAGAGCUUUGGUGAUAGAGUGAAGUAUUGGAUGACAAUUAAUGAGCCAAACCUGUUUAUUGAACUGGCCUACGAGCAAGGUUUGUAUCCUCCAGCUCGUUGUUCAGCGCCUUUUGGCAACUGUUCCGCUGGCAAUUCGGAUGUGGAGCCUCUUGUUGCGAUGCACAACAUGUUAUUGGCACAUGCCAAGGCUGCCAAGCUAUAUCGUGAGCAGUUUCAGCCUACACAGGGUGGAUCUAUUGGCAUUGUUGCAAACAUGAAUAUGUUCGAACCAUUGACUGAAGAUGAGCUUGAUCGAGAAGCUGCAAGGAGGGCCUUGGCCUUUGAUGUGGCCUGGGUUUUCGAUCCCCUAGUAUAUGGGGAUUAUCCUCCAGAAAUGCGUCGAUACCAUGGCAGUGAAUUACCCAGGUUCUCCCUAGAGGAAAAAGAGUACACAAAAGGCAGUAUUGAUUUCAUUGGAAUUAACCAUUAUGCGACUAUAUAUGCCAAAGACUGCUUAUAUUCUAGCUGCAGCCAAAUUGCGGAUCGUGCGAUCAAAGGCUUUGUAGAGGGUACUGGAGAACGAGAUGGGAUUCCUAUUGGAGAACCAACAGGAAUGCCAUUUUGUUACGUAGUUCCAAGAGGCAUGGAAGAGAUUGUCAACUAUGUUAAGGAGAGAUACCAUAACAAGCCUAUGUUUGUGACUGAAAAUGGGUAUUCUUCGACAGAGCCAGAAGAGGCACAAGUUGAAGACUUACUAAAUGAUGUCAAGCGAAUUGAAUAUCACAAAGCAUACCUUGCUUCUUUGGCUAGGGCAAUAAGGAAUGGUGCGGAUGUACGCGGCUAUUUCAUAUGGUCAUUGAUGGAUGACUUUGAAUGGACAAGUGGUUACAGCUUGAGAUUUGGACUUCAUUACAUUGAUCGCCAAACACUAAGACGAAUUCCAAAGCUUUCUGCUAAAUGGUACAAAAAUUUUCUGACCAACAGAAGCCUCUACAAUGAAGAAGGGGAAAAUGGAAGCUUGUUCAAAAAUCAUGAUGUCAUAAUGUCGGGAUUAAAAGACAAAAUAUCACAAACAUAAUGAUAUCACGGAUUUUACAUUUUUUUAAUACCUAUUUGAUUAUCAUCUUUGUAAAUCAUUUGUUGUUGUUUUAUGUCACGUAUAAUGCAUUCGUGGUAUUAGAUAGGCAUUUCGAGAGUUGUUUUAAUGGUUCUGGUUUGCUUAAUUGUUCCUUUGGUUGUUUGCACUAAUGGUCUAUGAG